AUGGAGGCCAGAAACAGGGCAAGGCUUGGGCUUGGGCUCUGGUGGUGUUUGUUGCUGCGGAGAACCAAGAUCGUCACCUUUUUUGAUGCGGGAGCUGAGAGCGACGUCAUCAAGACUCCACUUGGAUCAGAACGAGUGACGUGUCUCAGGUCUACGUCUUGCAUUCUACGGGCCUCCGCCAAGGAUCCUCACCUGUGCAUCCGGAGAGGCCCCCAUAGGCCCCCUAGAACUGGACUGACCCCGGAUGCGGUUCACGACCACCAAGCUUCGGUCGAAUCCAGCGCAGCGCUAGCACAAGUUUGGGGUCUUUUUGGAGGUCAGUGGGUGGGUGAACGGGCUCUAAAACUGAGCGAUCCUCCGGCAGUCUCCAGCCCGAAAGAUAAAGGAGACAAGGAGUAA